AUGUUUGUUAUUGUCUUUGUAGAUAAUCUUGAAGAAAAGUCAAUGUCUGGAAAUAACCAGUUAGGAGUGCUCAAGGCACUCGAUGUAGCCAAAACACAGCUUUACCAUUUCACGGCAAUUAUUAUCGCCGGUAUGGGUUUCUUCACCGAUGCCUACGAUUUAUUUAGCAUUGCAUUGGUCACAAAGCUUUUAGGUCGCAUCUACUACCACAAGGUGGGUGCAGAGAAGCCGGGAACACUCCCACCAGAAGUGGCGGCGGCGGUCAAUGGUGUUGCUCUAUGUGGGACACUUAUGGGUCAACUAUUUUUUGGGUGGCUUGGAGACAAACUUGGCCGGAAAAAAGUAUAUGGGAUCACUUUGAUUAUGAUGGUUGUUUGCUCUGUCGCCUCCGGUCUCUCGUUUGGAAAUAAUUCAAAAGGCGUCAUGACCACUCUUUGCUUUUUCCGUUUCUGGCUAGGAGUUGGUAUUGGAGGUGACUACCCACUCUCAGCAACGAUCAUGUCGGAGUAUGCGAACAAGAAGACCCGUGGUGGGUUCAUCGCGGCCGUGUUUGCUAUGCAAGGGUUUGGAAUCUUGGCUGGAGGCAUCGUUGCACUAGUACUCUCGAGUAUUUUUGAUUACCAAUUCCCGUCGCCCAUCUAUAGUGUAGACCCGUAUGCCUCGACUGUACCUCAAGCUGAUUACUUAUGGCGUAUCAUCCUUAUGAUUGGUGCUCUCCCCGCAGCGAUGACCUAUUACUGGCGAAUGAAAAUGCCCGAGACUGCUCGUUACACCGCUUUAGUUUCCAGAAACAUCAAACUAGCUGCACAAGACAUGUCGAAAGUCUUGCAGGUGGAUCUUAAAGCUGAUAAAGAAAUUGCUGAAAACAAGGCUACAGAUCCUAAGCUAAACUACGGCUUGUUCUCCAAAGAAUUUCUUAAGCGCCAUGGACUUCCUCUCCUCGGAACUACAUCCACCUGGUUCUUGCUUGACAUUGCGUUUUACAGCCAAAACUUAUUUGAAAAGGAUAUAUUUUCUGCCAUCGGAUGGAUCCCAAAAGCGGCAACGAUGAAUGCCAUGCACGAAGUUUACAAGAUUGCUAGAGCGCAAACCCUCAUUUCACUAUUCAGUACCAUCCCAGGUUACUGGUUCACCGUCUUAUUCAUUGAUAUUAUGGGAAGAUUUGCGAUCCAGAUAAUGGGAUUCUUCUUCAUGACCGUGUUUAUGUUCGCUUUAGCUUUGCCUUAUGACCAUUGGAUCAAACCAGACAACCGCAUUGGAUUCAUUAUUAUAUUCUCCCUAACUUUCUUCUUUGCAAACUUCGGUCCGAAUGUAACUACAUUUGUUGUACCUGCUGAGAUAUUCCCAGCAAGGUUGAGAUCUACAUGUCACGGAAUUUCAGCCGCGGCAGGAAAGGCGGGAGCUAUCGUGGGCGCGUUUGGAUUCUUAUACGCGGCUCAGUCAAAGGAUAAGAACAAGACGGACGCAGGAUAUCCACCAGGUAUUGGUGUCAAGAACUCGUUGAUCAUGCUUGGAGUUAUUAACUUUGUCGGUAUGCUCAUGACAUUUUUAGUGCCAGAAUCCAAAGGAAAGUCUCUUGAGGAGCUUUCGGGUGAGAAUGUGAAUGAUGAGACGGCUUCAUCCAAGGCCAGUCUCUCCAGAAGAAACUGA